AUGGAAGAGCUAAAGGAACUGGAACUUCUGGAUGAAGGCGAGAUGGUGGAUAUCCCAGAUCUGGAGGUUGAGGAUCUGAUUGAGGAAAACACACUAAGCAUUAUUGUGAGAUGCCUCAACCCUUUUGUGCACAAGGUAGGAGGUCUAGUAAAGGCAUUACCACCCAUAUGGGGGAUGGAGGAUAGAACUCAGGGAAGGGUUGUAGGAGAAGAUAGGGUUCAGUACACCUUCAGAUCGGAGAACGACCUAAAGUUUGUUCUGUCAAAAGGUCCAUGGUUUGUUAAUGGUUGGAUGGUGGCCAUGGAUCAAUGGACACCAAACCCACAGGAAGAUUUCUUAAAAAGGAUAACUUUCUGGAUUCGAAUUAGAGGACUUCCCAUCCACAUGCUGAAGAGGCAAGUGGUAGAAACAUUACUGGAUCCUUUGGGGAAGGUCGAAGCAGUGGAGCUGCACGCAAAGAACUCUAACUCCCUAGAGUACGUAAGAGCCUUGGUCAAGAUCAAUACGGAAGAGCCACUGCAGUUCAGAAGAAUAGCCAGAUUCAAAUCAGGAGCCACGUAUCCAACGGAGUUGGAGUAUGAAAAGCUUCUCAAAGUUUGUUAUGGAUGCAAAAGGCUAACGCACGACCAGACCAAGUGCCCUCAUCAGAUCCUCGCAGUGGAAGAAGGGGAGUUGGAAGGUAGAGAUCGAGCCAAGGAAUCCAACCUAAGGAAAAAACUAAAGGAAAAGGAAACAAAAGCCAAAGAGAGUCUCCAGAGACCUUCAACAAAAGGAGCUGCUAAAGGAGUGGUUAUUAGUGGCCCCUCUCCCUCUACAAGCCAAGCAAGGAAUAGUGUGAAAGGCCGUGGAAAUCUAAAGGAGGAUAAGAGUAAGGGAAGAAAAUAG